CAUCGCCGUUUCCCCAAUACAAACAUAGUCUUCAUUUAGAUACCACUGUAAACCAGCUCCCCUUCUUCCUCUCUCUCUCUCUCUCGCCCUUGAAUUCACGAUGCAGAGUGCCACGCACAACCUCUCCCGCUCCGCCCCCCUCCUCCGCCAUCGCCGUCAUCUCUCCUCCCGCCCUAACCCUCUCCUUCUCCGCCCCCUCCCCUCAUCCUCCUCUCUCAACCCCUCCCCGCUCCUCAUCCAUGCCCUUCCUGACCGCCUCCGCUCCCUCCCUUCUCGCCGCCUUCAUAGCUGGAUCUCCGAUGCCCCCCUCUCAUCCGAACCUGAGAGAGCUGAGUCUCUCACUGUGCACGCGAGUUCCUCCUCGGAGAGCAUCGAAGAGAGCAAGCCGGGAUCUGGCAACCUUCUCCAGACCUUGCAACUCGGUGCCCUCUUUGGGCUUUGGUACCUUUUCAACAUCUACUUCAACAUUUAUAACAAGCAGGUUCUGAAGGUGUUCCAAUACCCGAUCACCAUCACAUCAUUGCAAUUUGCUGUUGGAACAGCACUUGUCCUCGUUAUGUGGGCUACCAAUCUGCACAAGAAACCUAAAAUUUCUUCAUCACAGCUUGUAGCAAUCCUUCCAUUGGCCCUUGUCCACACACUAGGCAAUCUUUUCACCAACAUGAGUCUUGGAAAAGUUGCUGUGUCAUUCACUCACACAAUCAAGGCUAUGGAACCUUUUUUCUCAGUUUUGUUGUCUGCCUUGUUCCUUGGGGAGAUGCCUACUCCAUGGGUUGUUUUUUCUCUUGUGCCAAUUGUUGGUGGAGUCGCACUAGCUUCCCUUACUGAAGCGUCUUUUAAUUGGGCUGGUUUUUGGAGUGCAAUGGCUUCCAAUGUUACUUUCCAAUCCCGCAACGUUCUCAGCAAAAAGCUCAUGGUUAAGAAAGAGGAAUCGCUGGACAAUAUUAACCUCUUCUCAAUAAUUACCAUUAUGUCACUUUUCAUGUUGGCUCCUGUAGCACUAUUUGUUGAAGGUGUCAAGUUUACCCCUGCAUAUUUACAAUCUGCUGGCUUGAAUGUUAAGGAGAUAUAUACUAGAGCCCUCAUUGCUGGACUAUGUUUCCAUGCUUAUCAACAGGUUUCUUACAUGAUCUUGGCUCGGGUAUCACCUGUCACACAUUCUGUGGGCAAUUGUGUGAAGCGUGUUGUUGUCAUAGUGACCUCGGUUCUCUUCUUCAGGACCCCAGUUUCACCCAUUAAUUCUCUUGGAACUGCUGUUGCGCUAGCUGGAGUUUUCCUCUAUUCAAGGGUGAAGAAACUCAAGCCAAAGGCUGCCUAAUAACCAUGCUGCUGUGAUUGUGAUCUGAUGCUUCACUUAUUUUUCUUUCCAAUUUGUGAGCGUCUAGUUGAAGUUUGUUUGUACUUGGUAGGAUGAGAAUGCCUGUGUCAUUUCCAAGGGGCCUAAAUAAUGUUCUUCUCCGGCUGCAUCGCCUUAGCAAUUUUUCUGCAGGUUUUUUUUAUUAGGUUUAGGAAAUCCUUGAAUUUUCUCCUCUGCUUUGUUCUGUUUAUGAACCAAAAGCAUGUGCUUGUUUCCUUUAUUUAUCAUGCAAAACUUUGUAAGAGUUUUGGUCUCACUGACCUUUUUGCUGAGCAGGUGCUCAGAAAGCAGUAUAAAAAUCAAAGAGCUAUUAAUCUUA